CCAUUUUAGAUUUGAUUAAUCCAACUCUUCGCUCGACUGAAUUCGAUUGAGCCCUCGUUACUUCUUUUUUUUCUCCCGAAUUUCGAAGAGGGAAGAGCGACGGCGCCGGAUUCGCCGGUGGAAGGUUGGCUAGGUCGGGUAUCGAUCCCUGGGAGGUUGGCCGUCAGGACGACGCAAGUCCGUUGGGACGAGCACGCAUUCUCGUAGCCUCGAACCGCCGCAACGAGGUGUCCGCGACCUCGCAACGGACGAAGUCGCAGCCUCGAAGUUCCUCGGAGCGAGGAACUCCGCGGUCGCAGGGAGAAGCCUGCGACCUCGACUUCUUUUAGUGAAAUAACACGUGCAAUCGUGGUCCCAAAUCUCUUAGGACGGUGCAGUGAGAGGAUCUUCGACUUCUUAGGGACCUAGUGAUUUCGCAGCUUUCAAGGAACUUGCAGUAUCGAAGGUCGCAGCGGAGAAGACCUCGACCUCACAUUAUUGGAAACUGUUAUAGUGAAAAGAUCUCCAGACUUUGCUAAAGAAAUUCACCGAGCUCGCGCCAAAUACAUAAAUAAUAAGCAUGUUAACCUUACGGCCUCGCAUUAUUGGAAGUGACGGUGAAGAAGAUCGCAACUUCCAGGGUCUUAAUAAAGAAAUUCGUGGUCCUCGGAUUUUCCUGGCGAGAAAAGCCACGAUCUCUUCUUAGUACUACUGUGUGGUACCAAAUCUUAGCAGCGAGCGAAUCCGCGACUCUUUGUUUGCAACGACCACCCUUGAGGCGUCGUAAUCAACUUUAAGGCCUCUUCGAAAGCUAAGAGGAGUUCUUGGCCUCAUAGGUCUUAAUAAGAAACUCUUUAGUCACGAACCUUCGCACGUUGUAGUGAAAACGGCCUCGAGGAAGAGCGGGAAUCCCAGGAUUUUGGAGUUUUGGUGCAGUAGACAAAGUCGCUCAGUUCUCCAAAAUGGCGACCGGCGGCGAUCGGCCGGCCGAAGACCAGCUGGAUUACCGGCUGGUGUUUCCUUCGCCAAAAGACCAAAUAGUUAACGCCGGUCGCGACCAACACGAAGAGUUUGUCUUCGUCUACGAGGAAGACAAACGCCCGGUUGUGGUGUUACUUGGCUGGGCUGGUUGUCAGGAUAAAUACCUCGCCAAGUAUAGCGCUAUGUAUGAAGAGAAGAGCUGCAUUACGCUACGGUAUACAGCACCGGUGGAGUGUUUAUUCUGGAGAAGAGACCGGAUGCCUUCCAUCGGCAAGCGAUUGGUCCAGGUUAUCGUUGAGAAGAGCUUGAAUAAGCAUCCGAUCUUCUUCCACGUCUUUAGCAACGGUGGGGCCUUUCUUUAUCAACAUGUGAGCUUUGCGAUGCUGAGGACCGACACUCCACUAAAGGUUAAAGGUGUGAUCUUCGACAGUGCACCAGGAGAAAGAAGGUUGACAUCGCUGUUCAAGGCUAUUAGUGUCAUUUUGGGCGGUCAUCCCCUGACCAACCUGCCAAUGUCCUUUUUCAUCACCGUCUUCCUGUCCAUGCUGUGGUUUUACGAGGUUGUCUCGCAGACCUGGAAGAAGAACGGCUGUCCAAUUUUGACGAAUCCCAUUGCUCUCGCAGAAGAAGUGCACUCCUGGCCACAAUUGUUCCUAUACUCGAAUGCUGAUACAUUGAUUCCUGCAUCGGACGUGGAGAAAUUCGCGAAGCGGCGUGCUGAGCGAGGAGUCCGAGUACAGAUGGUGCUCUUCACGGACUCCCCUCACGUGAAGCAUUACGCUGUGUACCGAGAGGUCUACGUCAGCACCAUAUGCAGCUUCAUGCACGAAUGUCUGGCUUCUGGAACCGACAAAUCGGCCGACGGGGAAGACUUAACGGAUUCCCAAAUCGGGGAAGACCCUAGGAGCCCAUUCGAGCCUAUUCCCGGCCUAACGAAGCGAGUCGUGCUUCCUCACGAGGCCUCGAAGCAGCUCAUAUAAAUCUCCUCUGAAGAAUGUAGGCGAAUCAGGCAAAGAAUUCAGAAGUCCCAUAGAAGCCCAGAUCCAAUAUGUUAGCGCUUGCUGCUCUGAAAGUUGGCUAACUAACCAGAAGUGGGAGUGAAAAAGAGAUCCCAUGUGUUAGCCAACGAUAUCUCACAUACGGGAGGAAGAGGGACGCAUUCUUUUUUUUUCUUGCGCUUAAAUCGAAGAACAAGUCUUUAGAGGAAACUCGAACGACGAUUUUCCUUGUUUUACGCACAUAUAAUGAAAAGUUAAAGAAAAGUAGAUAUAUAAAUGCAGAACGAGGCGUUUAUUUCGCGGAUUUCGUUGUAGAAUGGGGAAAUUUUGACAUUCCCCCCAAGGAGGAGAAUUUCCGCGAGAAAGUUUCGACGCAACUUCAAUUUAAUAACGAAUCAAGCUGGACUUGAUUAUUCCUUAAUUAAAACCUACGAGGAGACAUGUCCCCGAAAACCGAGCCAAAGUAAAGAUAUCCGGCGUCGAGUUUUUUUACUUUCCGCGAUUUUUUUACAAGGUUCUCUUAAAUAAAGAAAAACCAUCAGAGAUAAAUUUCGACGCGAAGAAAACUGCGAUUUUUCUUGUUUUUCAAAAUUUCUUCUCAUUGACGCCGAGAACGAAAAUGAAGUUGUUCGGCAUAAAGUUUUUCAUUUUACUUAAUGAGAUUUUUUUUAAUGAGGUGCUCUUAAAUAAUGAAAAACAAGCAAUCCGCGAUUUUUUUUUAAAGGUUCUCUUAAAUAUAGAAAAACGAGUAGGGAUAAAUUUCGACGCGAAAACUGCGAUUUUUCUUGCUUUUAAAAAUUCGUUCUAAUUGAUGCCGAGAUCGAAAGUCUCGGGAAUUGUUACUUUCGGAUGUCCUCGAGGUUGUUCAAUGUCUUGACGUCCAUAUAUUCGAGUAUGUGAAUAUAUGUAUUUUAAUCUGUCGGAUUAGCUAUGAAUAAAGACUGAUAAACUUGA